AUGGCUUCAUUACAGGUUUCAAGAUUAGUUCUUUCAUCGUCUUCUUCUUCCACGAGACCUAAAGCCGCAGUUUCGAUCCCGAAAUUACCGAAAUUUAACGUCUCGAUUCCGAAAAUACCGAUAAAGAAGCAGACUUUAUCGGUUCAAGAACCGAGCUUUGAGUUCAUAGAAAGUGUUCCUCUUUCGUUGAAACAGAGGAAAGACUCUGAUUCGAUCCAACGGUCACGUCUCAAUGCGGUUCUUGAAGAAGUUAUGGAUAGGAUUGAGAUGCACAAGAACAUUGGAGAUCAACGCAACAAUUGGAACUCUCUAUUGCUCAAUUCCGUCAACAUGAUCACUCUCACCGCCGCUUUAAUGGCCGGAAUGGCCUCAGUUAACGGUCACGGCGCAGAUUCUGUAACCGCGGUGAAGGUAGCUUCGACGGUUUUGUUGACCUCUGCGACCGGUAUUGCUGCCUUGAUGAGCAAGAUUCAGCCCUCGCAGCUCGCUGAAGAACAGAGGAACGCGACAAGGCUGUUCAAGAAGCUGAGAAUCGAAAUCGAGACGUUUUUGAGAGAAAACGAUGAGAUAGAUGAAGAAGAUGUGAAGGAGGCGAUAAGGAAAGUGUUGUCUUUAGACAAAGCUUAUCCUCUUCCUCUGAUCGGAACAAUGCUCGAGAAGUUUCCGGAAGAGUUUAAACCGGCGACUUGGUGGCCUGAAAAGAAACAGAGAAACCCUAAAGCCGGUCUUUGGAACGGGUGGAGUAAAGAGCUGGAGAUGGAAAUGAGAGAAGUAGCUAAUGUGGUUAAGAACAGAGACGCAGAAGAGUAUGAAAGAUUAGGUAACUUGGCGUUGAAGUUAAACCGGUUCUUGGCUAUCUCUGGACCAGUUUUAACCGGAGUAUCAGCAGUGAGCUCUGUUUUUAUCGGUCAAGAUUCCGGUUUAGCUGGAAUUGUGGCGAUGACUUGUGCUUCUUUGGCCGCGGUUGUGAACACUUUAGAGCAUGGUGGUCAAGUGGGAAUGGUGUUUGAAAUGUAUAGAAACUCCGCCGGAUUCUUCUCGCUAUUAGAAGAAUCGAUGAAAUCGACAGAGAAGAGAGAGAACGGACAAGUGUUUGAGACAAAAAUCGCGUUGAAACUAGGGAGAAGCUUGUCCGAAUUGAAAGAUCUCGCGAAGAAAUCGAAUCUCUCUCAGGUUGAGGCUAACGAAUUCGCAAGCAAGCUUUUCUAG